GGGAAGCAGCUUCAGCGGGGUCAUUUACCCAGGAGCUCGUAGAGGUUCUGCAAGCUCUGAUGAUUAGCGCAACGGGCGAUGGAAAAGCGAGGCGGACGAUGCAGCUCGCUGAUGAAGUCACAGACGGACUGACCUUGGAAGCGAUGCUGCCGGACAUGGUGACGAUGGGGUAAAGCGCCUUUCGCGCUUGUGCCUCCUAGGAACGCACUCUGUAGCUUUGGAGAAAGGGGAGACGAGAGUCGAUCCUCAGAAUGCGGGACCAAUACUCUCGGGAUGCUGUCGCGCUCGAAGUGUGUUGUUGCGCGGUUGUCGUCGAGCCGGGACGUGUGGUUGGCUUGGUCGCUGACGAAAUUAUCUCAUUGUGGUCGAGCCAAGCUAAGCGAGCGCGAUCGCCUUGAAGCCAACGGACGUCACGAGAGAAGUGCUCUGGAUGCACGCGGCCAUCCGAGGGCCAAAUUAACUAGAGUAUCUACUAUGCCGAUCCACGGCAUCAAAGUCAUGUACGAAAGGCGAGCGCAGGUCCUUGUCAAAAAGCUACCUCGCACCCACACACGCCCGCUCGCUGCUCAUUCUUAUUUUUGUUUUCCAUCUCGACGUCCCCCGCACCGCGCCUCGCAAGCGCGAGGCCACGGCUUUCCGGGGCGUCCUGUAGUAGGUCAGAGGUAGCUCUCUCUGCCUGGCGUCCCGCUAAGCUCAAAAAGACGCCUCGCUAUACACAUUUUGGAACUUUUUCCCUGGCCCUUCUCAAGUUUCCCCCCA